UGGUUUGUUGAGAGUGCGCCGCGUCUUGUUCACGUUGUUUCGUUGAAGUUGAAGAGUGGCAGUGACAACAACCAGUUUCCAGAACGGAUGAAAGAAUGCAGAGUUCGAAGAAAAAGAGCCCUGUGUGGAGUCAUUUCACAUUACUGCCAGGACACAGAGCGAAGUGCAAUUACUGCCCUGCUACUAUUUCGACGCAGAACAGCAACACGUCCAAUGUGACGGCUCUCCUUAGGACUCAACAUGUGUCUGCGUACUUGAAGAUGCAAGCUGACCGAGGUUUGACGACGGCGGGACAAGGACAAGAGCAAGAUCAAGACGCCGAAGAAGAUGCUGUUAACAACGAGAACCUCGAAGGACAGCCGUCACCUUCGCCCUCACCUUCGCCCUCACCGACACCAAGUAGCACCAGCGGAUCGCGUGGCACUCCUAGCCCAGCACCGUUUUCGCCUCCUGCCUCACCAGCUCCAACAAGAACCCGACCAUCAUCAUCAGCAAAGAGAUGUAGUACCUAUCAGGAGUCGAUGGAAGCUUAUGCACCUGAUUCCAAGGCCACAGAGAGGUUUCAUCGUGCCGUAGCACAUUAUGUGGUCACAUGCCAACGACCCCUCAACACUGUGGAGAAAGAAGGUUUCAAAGACAUGCUUAAGACGUUCAAACCUGGUUACAAGGUACUCACCCGUCGGGCUCUAACGGACAAGUAUAUCCCACAGCUUGGGGACCAGGUGAAAGAUGUUGUGCGGCAGCUGCUAAGUGAUGCAGAGUUCUACUCACUGACCUCAGACAAUUGGACGUCGGACGCCGACGUGCCAUUCACCUUUCUAACUGCCCACUUCAUCGAUGAGGCCUGGGAGAAUUUGUUUGGUGUCACGCUGCGAUGCAGAGCCUCCCACGUGCAGCACACCGGGCUCGUUCUCAAAGACUUUUUUGGUGAUGAAAUGAACCAUUGGGAUCUAAAGAAGGACAAGAUUCCGGCCGUCACGACAGACAAUGCUGAGGACUAUCGGCUUGCACUUGAGUUGCUGGAAAUGCCCCAUAUGCGCUGUAUUGGCCACACAAUCCAGAAUGGGGUUACCGAUAUUUUCGAGUUGAAGGUUGUGAAAGAAGCAAUUGCUGUCGUGAAGACUCUUUUCAGCUGGAUUUCCACCACAAGUGUUUGGGCCGCGUAUGAGAAAUUCGUUAAGGAAAAGCACGGCAGAAAGCCCCUUGCCCUGCCCUCUACAUCAAAAACAAGGUGGUGGACAGAGCUUAUUUAAUUUGAGCGUUUGUUGGAGUGUCAUGAGCUCAUGUCGUCUUUCGCUGCUCAAUACCAGAGGGCUAGAGACUGCGGAAAAUCCCAGGACCAACAACUAUGUUUGUUAUACGGGCGGUUGUACGGGCUCUGAAGCCUGUUUAUGAGAUAUGCACCAAGCUAUGUGGAGACACAUACAUCACAGCCAGCGCUGUCCUACCAGUUGUGCACCUCAUGGAGGCGAGGCAGGCUUUGUGGACGACGACGAUCCACCUGAGAUUCCAUUGGAUAUUUUGGACGAUGGUGCAGAAAACAUUGAUGAAAUGGAACUCCGGCCAGCGAAACUGCGGCAGUACAUCGUCAAGAAGCUGCAAAAGCGAUACACUAAUAGACCACUUGACGAAGUAGAGCUGAGCAAAAUGACCCAUGGUUGCCACGCACCUGGAAAACCGGGAAAACCUGGAAUUGUCAGGGAAAAUGAAACCAUGUCAGGGAGAACCGGGAAAACCUGGAAAUGUCAGGGAAAUCCGUGAAAGACUGGCCAAAAUCCGAGCUUUUUUGCCAAAAAGUCAA